CAGAUCUUACACUUUCUGUCCUCUCACUUACACAAAAUAGAACCUGAAAAUUGGCUGACCAUUCAAAUGGGAAGAACACCAUGUUGUGCAAAAACUGGGCUCAAGAAAGGUCCAUGGACCCCAGAAGAAGAUCAGAAACUCAUUGAUUACGUUCACAAGAAUGGUUGUGGAAACUGGAGAAUUCUUCCUAAGAAUGCUGGACUUCAAAGGUGUGGUAAGAGUUGUCGAUUGCGUUGGGCAAACUAUCUUAGACCAGAUAUCAAAAGAGGUAAGUUUUCAUCUCUCGAGGAAGAGGCGAUUAUUCAACUUCACAGGAUAUUGGGAAACAAGUGGUCAGCAAUUGCUGGUCGGCUCCCUGGAAGAACUGAUAAUGAGAUCAAGAACUAUUGGAACACACAUAUAAGAAAAAAGCUUCUUCGAAUGGGGAUUGAUCCAGUAACUCACUAUCCUCGACUUGAUCUUCUUGAAAUUUCUGAAUUCUUAAAUUCAUCCUCACAAUUGAAUUUCUCAAAGUUUCAGCCAUUGGUAAACUCUAAUUUGCUUGGUUCAGCCACUUCUCUCUCGUCCCAAAACCAAUAUUUUUUACAACAAAACAAUGUUGUUCUAGAAACUCAACUUUUCGACAAUUCCCAUGUUCAAAAUCAAAAUCAAAUCCCAACGUUGAUCCAACCUUGCCAUUUCCAAUCACAAAAUCAUCAAGAUUUUCUAGGGUUUAAUGGAAUGCCAUUACCAUUUACCUUUCCAGAAGAAAACUAUGUACCAGCAGUAACAAACUAUGUAUAUGAAUACUAUGGGUCGGGUCAAUCCAUUGUGGAUCCUCCUUCAUCGGAGACUUCAACUUUCCAAUCCGGGUUUUCGAAUAUGCCAACACCUUCGUCAAGUUCAACUACACUGCAUUCAAAUUCAACAUAUAUUACUGAAGAUAUUGAGAGAGAGAGCAACUGCAGCAAUAUGUUGAAUUUCCAAAUUUCGGAUAUUUUGGAUGUCAAUGAAUUUGUGUAACUUGAUGCACAUUGGUGUGUAAGAUUGGACACUAUAAAUGUGAAGAUUUAAGGUUUAUUUUUUUUAUUUUUAUUUUUAUUUUUACUAGUAUCGAAUUGUGUACGACUCAAUGCGGGUUCGAAGUUAUUAGAUUAUUAUGUAAAAUCUUUAGUUAA